GCGAUUAGUCGCUUGUCGGCAAGGUGAUUGGUUGAGCAGAAAUAUGGUUUUCAUGUUACGUCCAGGAAUUAUAUAUAAAUCAACAGCUUUCUCUUUCUCGCCAGUUUACAUUAAAUUAUGAUCUGGCAUAAGUUUUUUACAUAUUUGAACACCAUAAAUUUAGUUUUUAUUAUGUUCGAAAUGCAUGAAUUAGAAGCAGCACCAGUCGGUCAAAAUUAUAUUGUUAUUAUUGAUGCUGGCAGCAGCGGCUCAAGAAUGUUCGUCUACACAUGGAGGACGAAAGCAGAGUCACUGAGUGGACUAGAAGAUGUGGAAAUUUUGAAAGAUGUAAACGGAAGUUCUGUGGUGAAGAAAAAAUCCCCUGGUCUUUCGAGCUUUGGAGACAAGUUGUCUGAUAUUCCUGCUUACAUAUCUGAAUUGCUGGAUUAUGCUGGUUCACAUAUCCCUUUGACAAGUCAACCGUCAACCCCAUUAUUCAUUAUGGCUACUGCAGGAAUGAGGCUUCUUCCACAGACAAAACAAGAUGUGAUUUGGAAAACUGUCCGAAGUCAUGUGAAGUCCGCAUACAAAUUUCAGUUUAGAGACUGUCAUGCCUACACUAUAUCUGGCACAGAAGAAGGUUUGUUUGGGUGGAUCGCUGUGAAUUACCUUCUUGGGCGGUUUCGUUUACUUCCCGGGGAUAACGGGCCUACUAAACAACCUACCAACGGUAUGCUUGAUAUGGGUGGAGCUAGUAUGCAAAUCGCUUAUGAAGUACAAUCGACAGAUAACCUACCAUCCAACUUAAUAUCAGAGUUUUCUCUACAGAAAAAUUGGUUUUCUACGAGUCAACAAUACAAGCUCUACGUUAAAAGUUAUCUCGGUUUUGGAAUGAAUGCAUUUCGACAAAGGUAUGAAGAAUACCUCUUCUGGACGUAUGGCACGGGUAUUAAUGGUAAAUUAAAUACAUCAAAUGUUGAGGAUCCUUGCUUACUUCAAGGCUUUGAUGUACAGAGUAAACUUGCUUCUCGUGAGAACCCUGAACCAGCGAAUGAAAUAUUUUCUGUUCAAUAUACAGGAGCAGGUGAUGUGGAAAAAUGUUUGCGAAAUAUAGAACCUUUACUUAAUUUAAAUCAAAGUUGUUCCCCAUUGCCAUGUGCAAUUGAUAAUAUUGUGCAAUUAGAUCCAGACUUCAAUUCAAUGGAAUUUUAUGGUCUUAGUGAAUUUUAUUAUACGUUAGAAUCAUUGAAAAUGAUUCCCCCUGUUCAGUAUAAUUAUACUUCAGUAUUAAACAAAAUCAAGGAAAUUUGUAGUACACGCUGGUCAACCUAUUUGUCGACACUUAGGAAGGAAAACCCAAAUUUAUCUGAAGAAAAAUUUAAUUCAUUUUUAAGCUUUAAAAAAUUAAUAUGCUUUAAAGCUUCAUAUUUAGUUAGUGCAUUUCAUAAAGGGUUGCAUUUUCCAACUAAUUAUGACAAACUUAUUCCUACUCUUGAGAUUAACAAAACCGAAUUACAAUGGAGUUUAGGAGCUUUGCUAUAUAAAUUAAAAGCAACUACAAUAGAAGAAGAACAGCAGGGGAAAAUUAUUCUGAUCGUGAUGGUUAGUUUUUGUAUCGUAAUCGUCUCAAUACUAGUAGCCGUAAUACUUUACUUCAAAUUACGCAAUAAAUGUUCAAGUGCAACUAAACGUUUACAAAAUGGUUCAGUUACAACGAGUAUGAACAAUAUGGGAUCAAAUGUAAAAAAUAACGGUGAUACGUUAAGCCAAUCUGAUGAUAAAAUUCCAUCAUUCUAGAAUAGCCCUCAUCCAAAGAGCAUACGCUUGCUUGUUAUAUGUUAAAUGAGCAACCCCUUUGAAUCUUUGUUAAAGUUAUGUACUUAAACUUUUUUGAACGCUGAUCUGUGGAAACGGAUGAAAGAUAAGAUUCUAUUUUGUUGAGGUAUGCGCACUCAACUCUUAAGUUUGUAAUUAUUUUCUUUGAUUUAAUUACUUAUUUAUCAUAAUUAUUAUGUUUACUUCAUACUUAUCUUUAUUUUUGAUAAUAAAAAAUUAAACCAGUCUUGUCUCUUUAUAA